AUGUCUGCUCCCCUGUCUUCAGACCGCCCGCUAAACGACGUGGAUCGUGAUUCCGUCACUUCGGAAGAUUCAGACGCUACGGAUGAAGAGGGGUGGGAAGAUGUUGAGCCCGAUGAUGAGACACAGCCGGUUGUCGGUCUUUUCUCCGACAAAGUCUAUCCAGAUGUUCGAUCCCUGCUCGUCGAAACCAAAGAGAAACACGACUUUGACCUACGGAGGAUUCUGAAGGAGCUUGACUUGGACGACUUGGAUACUAUCAAGUUGGUCAACUAUAUCCGUUCCGAGGUCAAGGCUGGCAAUUUGACCCCCGAUGUCUCGUCGAAGGACAAAUUCGAGGACGAUGCCUAUUUGAAGCCUGUUCUGGAAGAUGACGCCCUCCUGUACAGCCUAGGCGACAUUGCAGACGAGGAAGCCGGAGAGGUCGGUGGUACACAGGCCGAGCGCCAGGUUAUUGCACUUCAGGAGGAGUUGGAACGCCUUCAGAUUCAAUUCUCAGAGUACAGACUUGCGGUUCAGAAAUCGUUGGAGGAGCAAUUGACCAAGGAGGAUGAGAAGCUCGCUUCUACUCCAGACCAGGCUUCUGCUGCUCGCGCUGCUAAGAAAACCGACGAGGUGGAUUCGGACUAUUUCUCAUCCUACUCCUACAAUGGCAUCCACGAGUCCAUGCUCAAAGACACCAUCCGCACUGACUCCUACCGGGAUUUCAUCUACGAAAACAAGCACAUCUUCAAGGACAAGGUCGUCUUGGAUGUUGGAUGUGGUACCGGGAUUCUAUCCAUGUUCUGCGCCAAGGCUGGUGCUCGCAAGGUGAUCUCUGUCGACAAUUCGAACAUCAUUGACAGGGCCAAAGAGAUUGUGUAUGAGAACGGAUUCGGCGAUGUUAUAACAUGCAUUCGCGGAAAGAUUGAGGAGGUUACAUUGCCCGUCCAGCAAGUCGACAUUAUCGUAUCCGAGUGGAUGGGCUACGGUCUGUUGUUCGAGGCAAUGUUUGAUUCGGUCAUCUACGCCCGAGACCGCUAUCUUGCGCCAGGAGGACUUAUGGCUCCGUCACACGCUACGCUUCGCAUUGCACCGCUGGCCGAUCCCGAGCUGAUCGAAUCUCACAUUGGGUUUUGGCGCGACGUCUACGGCUUCAACAUGAAGAGUAUGCUGACGGGUAUUUAUGAUGAGGCCCUUGUCCGUUUCUUGCCGUCAUCGGUACUGCCCGCGAAGUCAGAAGUGUUCCUCGAGCUUCCGCUCCAUACUAUCACUACCAAGGAACUGUCCUUCCUCAAGGAGUUUAAGGUCACAUUGAACGAGGAUAUCGACUCCCUCGACGGCUGGGUGAUUUGGUUUGACAUCUUCUUCAUGCCCUCGAGCGAUUCUACAAUUCCGGCCGACGCUGUCCCCUCGGACCUGCAGAAGAAGGGCAUCGUGGCUUUCACCACGGGACCUGAUGGCAAAGAGACCCAUUGGCAGCAAACUGUCCUCCUGAUCGACCACGGUAAGAAGGAUGCUGUUCCUCUGAAGAAGGGCCAGACGAUCACAGGAAAGGUCGGUUAUCAGAAGAAAGACGCGAACUCAAGAUCCCUGGAUAUCACUGUGGAGUGGGACGCACAAAUCAGCAAGAAAGGAUCUCAGCAGUGGUCACUGCAAUAA